UCAAAAAUGUUCCAAAUUCCUGUGGAAAAUCUUGACAACAUCAGAAAGGUGCGAAAAAAGGUGAAAGGCAUUCUUUUGGAUAUUGGGCUUGACAGCUGCAAGGAAUUACUGAAGGACCUUAAAGCCUUUGAUCCAGGAGAGAAGUACUUCUAUAACACAUCAUGGGGAGAUGUUGCUCUCUGGGAACCUUCUGGAAAGAAAAUGCGCUAUCGUACAAAACCAUACUGCUGUAGCCUCUGUAAAUACUCGACAAAGGUGCUUACUUCAUUCAGAAAUCAUUUACAUCGUUACCAUGAAGAUGAAAUUGACCAAGAGCUGGUGGUCCCUUGCCCAAACUGUGUAUUUGCAUCUCAGCCCAAAGUCGUGGGAAAGCACCUGAGAAUGUUCCAUGCUCCCACUCGGAAAGUGCAGAACUACACAGUGAACAUUCUAGGUGAAGGGAAAUCACCCAGGAGUGAUGUUGUAAGUUUCACAUGUUUGAAAUGUAACUUUUCAAAUACUUUGUACUACAGCAUGAAGAAGCAUGUGCUCAUUGCCCAUUUCCACCACCUAAUUAACGCCUACUUUGGUCUGCGGACUGAGGAGGUGGGCGAGCAGUCCCAGGCCAGCGCUGCUUUUCCUGCUCCCGACAAAUAUUACUGUAAGAAGUGCAGCGCGAGUGCCAGCAGCCAGGACGCACUCCUGUACCACAUCCUGACUUCCGAUAUCCACAGGGACUUGGAGAAUAAGCUGAGAUCAGUGAUUUCAGAACACAUUAAGAAAAGUGGACUUUUGAAGCAAAUGAAUAUUGCUCCGAAACCAGCUGCAAGUUUGGCUGUGCCACCUAACAACUGCGCUCCAGCUGUUCCUGCCACGCCGUCUUGCUUCCACCUUGCCUUGCCACAGAAUAGCCAAAACCAAACCCUAGUUCAGCCUGUCUCUGUGGCUUCAGGCACUUCUGGGGGUCUCACCCCCCAACCCCCCUCUGCCAUUGCCCAGUCCCAGGUGGCACUGGUCUCCAACCCUCUACCAGUGGGCCAGAAUGGCCUGGCGCUGCCAACGCCGGCCCCUCAGCCUGUCUUUGUGUCUCACGGUGUGUCCCUGAGCCAGCCUGUGAACCCUGCCAUCCUGCCCCUGAGCCAGCCCAUUGGACCAGUAGCCAACUCAGCUGAGACUGGUGUUCUCCCCAUGAACCAGACCAUCCGCCCUGGGAUUCUACCCCUCAGUCAGCCUGUGGGGCCCCUGACAAGACCCGCUGGGCCUGGGGCUCUCCCAGGGAUCCGUUCCACGGGGCCUGCUGUCCUUCCUGUGGGGCCUGCCGUUGGCCCUGGGGUUCUGCAGGCCAUCUCGCCAGGGGUAAUCUCUGUGGGCCGGACAGUCCCCCCAGCUGUACUGCCCUCAGGCCAGGUGGCUCCUACAGGAGUUGUCCCCUCAGGACAGACGGCUUCUUCAGGUGUCCUUCCUGCUGGCCAGAUGGUCCAAUCGGGGGUACUUCCCAUAGGCCAGACGGCCUCAUCCGGUGUGUUCCCUGCUGGCCUGACAGUCCCUUCCCGAGUGCUUCCCCCUGGCCCGACGGUCCCAUUGAGGGUCCUCCCUGCAGGCCAGAAGGCUACUUCUGGAACACUGCCCGCCACUCAGGUGGUGCCAGCCGGACUGCUUCCUCCAAGCCCAGCAGUCUCAUCCGGGGUACUGCCUGUGGGUCAGCCCGUGAGUCCCGGCGUCCUUCAGCUCGGCCAGCCUGUUGUAUCAAGUGUUCUUCCAGUGGGUCAGCCCGUGAGGCCUGGUGUCCUUCAGCUCAGCCAGCCUGUUAGCAGUGGCCUCCUGCCUGUGAACCAGCCAGUCCGGCCCGGCGCUGCCCCCAGCACCACCUUCCUCACCUCAGGCUCGAUCCUCAGACAGCUCAUACCCACGGGGAAGCAGGUGAACGGCAUCCCCACCUACACACUGGCGCCGGUCUCUGUCACUCUGCCCAUGCCACCAGGGGGGGUUGCGGCCCCAGCCCCACCCCAGUUGCCCCUCCAGCUGCUACAACCUGGGGCAGCUGGUGUGCCCCCUCCGCCCAUGGUGGUCAAUACUCCUCAGAACGUGUCUGUUCAGGCCCCGCCGCCCGUGUUAGGUUCGAACCAAGCCCUCAAGCAGGCGAAGCAGUGGAAAACUUGCCCCGUCUGCAACGAGCUCUUUCCCUCCAACGUGUACCAGGUGCACAUGGAGGUGGCGCACAAGCACAGUGAGGCCAAGCCCAGUGAGAGGCUGGAGCCCGAGAAGCUUGCAGCCUGCGCACCAUUUCUGAAGUGGAUGAAGGAGAAGACUGUCUGGUGUCUGUCCUGCAAAUGUCUUGUCCCAGAGGAUGAGCUCAUCCGCCAUCUGUUGACACACGGCUUGGGGUGCCUGUUCUGCCCCUGCACCUUCCACGACCUCAGGGGCCUCUCUGAGCACGGGAAGACCAAGCAUCUGGGGAAGAAGAGGCUGCCUGUGGACUAUGGCAAUAGGGGCUUCCAGCUGGACGUGGACGCCAGUGGCAGCCUCCGCUUUCCCCACAUCGACUUCAUCACCCUCUUGCCGAAGAAGGAGCUGGGCGAGCGGGAGGUCUACUUGGCUGUGCUCGCAGGGAUACAUUCGAAGGCGCUCGUCCCUGUGUACAUUAAGGUGCGGCCUCAGACCGAGGGUGCCACCAGCAGCCCUGACCAGCAGGUGCUAAGCUGCCCCUUCUGCUUUGGUACCUUUGUGACCACGGAGGCAUACGAGGUGCACCUGAAGGAGAGGCACCACAUCACACCUACUGUGCACACGGUCCUGAAGUCGCCCGCAUUCAAGUGUAUCCACUGCUGUGGAGUCUACACUGGGAACAUGACCCUGGCGGCCAUCGCUGUCCACCUGGUGCGGUGUCGGAGUGCCCCCAAGGACAGUAGCACCGCCCUGCAGAUGCAGCCCAGCUUCAUUGACAACAGUGGGCUGCUCCUGGUCAGUGGGGAGGUGCUCCACGAGGCCAGCUGCUCUGUCAAGAGGAAGUUGCCCGAUGGCCACGCUGGGACCGGUGACCCGAGGGCCGGAGAGGAGCAGCCCCUGGUCAUUGGCACUGACACCGCUCUGGAGAAGACGGUGGGCGCUGGGCCUGUUAAGAGACAGAAGAAUGAGAGCAGGACAGACGGACCACUCAUCAGUGAGGAUGCGCUUCAGAUCCUAGCAUUGAACCCCAGAAAGUAUGAGGACCGUUCCUACGAGGAGAAGAAGCGGUUUUUGAGGGAUUAUUUCCAUAAGAAACCAUAUCCCAGUAAAAAGGAAAUAGAACUGCUGUCUUCACUCUUGUGGGUGUGGAAAAUUGAUGUGGCUUCAUUUUUUGGGAAAAGAAGAUAUGUUUGCAUGAAAGCCAUAAAAAAUCACAAACCUUCUGUACUUUUAGGCUUUGACAUGUCUGAACUUAAAAACGUUAAACACAAAUUGAACUUUGAGUAUGAACCUCAGAACUUGUAA